AUGGAGAUGCUUCGCAAGAAACCAGUGAUUGUGAGACGAGUCUUCGCUGAUGGACUAGAGCAUGAGUUCGCGUUGAUUAGGAGUGCGAUUCUUAUGUAUCCUUUCGUCUCGGUGGAUACCGAAUACCCCGGUACUAUCUUUAAACCCUGUAAACAAAUCAUCCAACAAAAUAACCCGGCUAUCAACUACGAGUAUAUGAAAUCCAAUGUUGAUGCGCUAGAGUUAAUCCAACUCGGGUUAACCCUUUCAAACUCCGAGGGUAAUUUACCGGAUUUUGGUACUGCAUGUUGCUAUGUUUGGGAGUUUAAUUUCAAAGACUUUGAUGUUGAUGAGGAUGACUGUGAUAAGGAAUCGAUUGAAUUACUGAAGCGGCAAGGUAUUGACUUUGUGAAGAAUAGAGAGAAGGGCAUUGCAUCUAGUGAUUUUGCGAUGUUGAUGUGGAAUUCGGGGUUGUUCUCUAAUUGUUUUGGAGGUUUAACAUGGCUUACCUUCCAUGGUGCUUACGAUUUUGGAUUCUUGAUGAAAAUCCUAACUCAACGACCACUACCGGUUGAUAUUCAUUGUUUUAUGAGACAAUUGGUUUUUAUUUUUGGUGGUAAAAUUUUUGACAUCAAACACACGUUUAAGUUCUUCGGCUUGUUUGGUGGUUUGGAGAAGGUGGCGGGAAUGUUAAAUGUCACUCGUCUAACUGGAUCGACCCAUCAAGCAGGAUCCGACAGUCUGCUUACACUUCAGUGUUUCAUGGAGAUGAAGAAAUCAAGAGUUUUUGAAUUCAACCAAAGUCCUAACAUGCUACCUGCACUUGCACUGUAUGGCCUGAUUUCAAUUUUGGAAUGA